AGCUGUGUUCUCCAGUGCAGCUGUGUUUCUCCAGUGCAGCUGUGUUCUCCAGUGCAGCUGUGUUCUCCAGUGCAGCUGGGGCCCCAAUAGACCAUCUCUCAUCCACUCUUCACGCCAUCACUCGAACAGCUGGAACAGUUAUGAAGAUUUCUAGUAGAUCCGGAUCUCUCUGAGACCAUCAUUUGUCUAUCUUGAUGGAGCUGUGAAGCCCUUUUGUGUGCAUGGAACAUUCUAAAUCCUUCAUCCCCCAUUGCGGAUUCCUCCACUAGAGCUAAAGCAAGAUUAAACUAUCUCGCAGCCAGCUUGUGAGGCUGUGAAACCCCUUCAUGCUGGAACUGAAGUAUCUGUAAGCCAAGUCAUGUCCAUCUGGUUCUCUUGUGGCUUUAGAGCGGCACUAAACCACCUCUUGCAACUAGGUGGCGGGGAUGUUGAAGCUCAAGUGGAAAUGGAUCAGUCUCAGGCCACCUGGGAUAGUUUAAUGCAGGUGUCAGUGAAAGACAAAAAAAUAUAUUCGAGAGAAAUCUCAAGAGACGAAAAGUAUGUGCAGGAGAGAUGUGCCAGGAAGGGUGUGUAUGUGCGUGUGCGUAUAGAGAUGAGGGGAAGAAAAAUGAGAUCCGUCGUGUUUGAUGGCGAGAGAGAGAGAGAGAGAGAGAGAGAGAGAGAGGAAGGGUUGAGGUGUCUGUGUUAGGGUAUGGAUAUAUACAGGUGGACGCUUGAACUGGACGGUGCCUGGUGUUCUCUGUGCUCCUGGUGUUACGUGAGCAUUGGGUGCUUUGGGUGUACCUUUAACCCCAGGGUGUUGCGAGAACCUCGAGUGUUGCCUGAGCCCUCUGUGUUGCCUUAUUCUCGAGCAUCGUGCGUAGGCUCCUCAUGGUACCUUCAUGGGGAGUUCAUCAUGUGUCGUGUCAAGGAAGGUUUUCUGGGGGCUUGGUUGCAAACACAAUGUGCAGUAAGAAGCCUUCUCUCUUCCCCUCUAUGGGCCGCCCUGCCGUGAAUGGCAUAUUGGAAAGAGAUCAGCAGAUAGAUAGGAAGGUUGGUAGAUGACAGUCCUGGCUCUGAGGCUGGUGGUAAUGCCUUCCUUUUUUUCUUCUUUUCGUUGCAGUGAUGAUGAGCUGGUGGCUGGCGUGGGCGGCGCUGGUGGGCGCGGCGCGGGCGUUCUGUCCCGCUGGGUGUUCCUGCGAUGAUGACGGCCCCAGCGCCCGCUGUGUGGGUGUGGGCAUUAAUGUAGUGCCCAUACUCUUCAAUCCCAGCCUACGCCGCCUCAACUUGGCCCAUAACUCCAUCACUUCCGUUGGUCAGUCUCUCGUGUUCUUCGACCAGCUGGAAGAGUUGGACUUCUCACACAACCAGCUGUCCAACCUGGGCACAGGUAACUUCCAGGUGCAGGUGAGGCUGCGGGAGCUGCGUCUAGGCCACAACAACCUGUCCUCGCUGACCAGCGGGGCACUGAUGGGUCUCUCGUCCCUCUCACUGCUCGACCUCAGCCACAACACACUUCCGGAGCUGCCCGCCGCGGCGCUACUGGACGUGCCUGGCCUGAAGGUGCUCCUGCUGGCACACAAUAAACUCCACACUCUUCCUCAGCAUUCCUUCCGUGGCUGCCAAGGCCUUCAUGUUCUCGAUCUGUGUGAUAAUUACUUCAGGCAUGUACCCACGGCUGCACUAGAAGAUUUAAGGGUACUGAAAGCUUUACAUCUCUGUCGCAACCGUCUGACGCGUCUGGAACCCAACGCUUUCCGGACGGAGGAGCUAGUAACGCUCUCCCUUGAGACUAACAGCAUAGAAUUCAUCGCUGAAACUGCCUUCCACCGCUUACGGGGAUUACUGAAGUUGAAUCUUAACGAUAACUUGCUGCGGGAGGUGCCAACGCUAGCCCUGGCACCGCUCCUCACAUUGGACUCGCUCUGUAUUAGCAGGAACAAACUGAAGAGCCUUGAAGGAGGUGCCUUCAGGAACCUGGACCAGCUCACCUCCCUGGAGAUCUCACGGUGUCCUCAUCUAACAACGUUACAUCCCGGGGCGUUCACUCACUGUGUUAACCUGCGCAAGCUGACACUGUCACACAACCCGCUAAUAAGACACCUUCCUCACGGGUUCCUCACUUCCCUUCCACGCCUUCUGUCCCUCGAUCUCCGCGCCAACGGCCUCCAGAGUUUGCCUGCGACGGAGGUAACGUGGAGGUCGCUAGCGAGCCUGGACCUGCGGGGCAAUCCCAUGGUAUGUAACUGCUCCCUAAAGUGGCUGGCAGAGCUGCUGAGUGCCUCCAACACUUCCCUCAGCGCUCCCGACCUCCAGUGUGCUGCUCCUCAGAAGGUCAGGGGAUUAUACCUCUCUAGGUUGAGCCCCGGGGAGCUACAGUGCGUGGACAGUCUACAGGUGGUGGUCGGCAUCGUUAUCGUCUGUGUCUCCUCCGUCCUGUUGCUCACCCUCUCCCUCAUCCUCUGUAGGUAUCGUAGGCGUCGCCAGAGGGAUAAGCUGGGUCGUGGGUGGCCACCGGGGCCCCUGGCGCCAUGGCCCCCUGACGACCACACUGCCGUCACCAGACACAUCAUUGCUGACGACUACGGCUGUCACACAUACUCCACCAUCAGACACGACCCCGUCACCAAGGUCUGAACAACGCCAAUAUGACUACAAGAAACCUGCUGCACCACCAGACAUGACCCCGUCAUCAAGGUCUGAACACUGUCAACGUGACAACGACAACUGAGCUCCAAUAGCGUGCUGCUGACGAGGGAAAUACGUUAGGUGGUUACGAAGAAGCUCAAGAUAAAAGUAGAGAGAUUCUUCCAUGUGUAGAUUACUUGUAAAGGUUCCCCAGCCGCUUCCUUCUUUAUAAUAGAACCACACUUAUGAUAGAUUAGGUAAGAUUCGUCAGGAACCAGGACAAGGGAUUCCUGACGCGGAUCUUAGUCAUGUGAUGACCUGCCACUGCAGCUUUUGGGUCGCGUAUGAAAAGAAAGAUGGCGUUUUGGUCUGUCUUGUACAAUUGUCAGCUCAUAGACUGACAAGUCAGCUGUGACUUAAUGGUUCAUUACUGACAGAAGGAACGUCGUAACAUUUUCAUAAUUGUUAAAUAUUUGUCAUUUGUUCCAGCCAUGUUAUUGUACCUGGAAUAAAUAGGAACUUUCGUUAAAAUUCCAAACAGAGAAAGUGUAACUAUUUUUAUAUUCACGGAUAAGCGCUAAAUACGUAAGGCUAUAAAUAAACUACUGAUGAGAAACAAUGAUGCUGGUUAUAAGUUUAUGUUUUUAGUGAUUUUUAUCACAAUGAACAAAUAUUAACGCCGGUUAAAAUGACGUUGUUACACCACGAAGAACACGGGGGAAAAUUGUUCAGAUUUCGCACACUGCCACUGAAAUACGAGAAUGCAUUAGAAAACUCUGAAACUAUCUCAUGUAAUGCGGAAACUCAUCGCUGAAACUUGUUACAGAAGUCUGAAACGAAUAUGUUAGUUAUGAACUUUGUAAUUAAUGUGUGAGAGCUGUGGCUGACUGUGAAAUAUGCUGGUUGGGUGGGGGGCCACAGCCCCCGAAGCCGCCUCGUCGCCUCCACCACCGCCGCCGCCGCCGCCGCCACCACAGUGUUAAUGCUCUGAUGCAAACGAAGAUUGAAACUCAGAGAAAAGGAAAUAAUAUGGCUGUAAAUCUUUUCGAAUAUAGGAAAACCGCCAUCGUAAAU